AUGUUACUAGUGAAAACGUUAGUGAUUUCUUUAAUUUGCAGACGUUUAAGGCUGGAGUUCAACCAAAACCGUUGUGAUUACUACACGGAAAUAGAUGCUGCUUAUCUUCAUGGCUUAGAUUCCAAAGAAGAAUAUAGUUACGAUGAUGAUAGAGAAGACGCUGUUGAUAAUUUAAAUAACAUCUUUAAAAAACAGAUUACAGUCAAGAACUUUCAUGAUGAAAUAACAAAUGUUGAACAAGAUUCUUGGAAUAUCCUGAUGCUUCCAGUACGUAUAAUUAUGCGAUAUAAUAUUAAGGAAGGAGGCCAUCAGAUCAAAAUAUAUUUUCGACGUAUAGACGUAUACCUAAAAUAUCUGCGUUCUCCACUGUAUUUUUACAAUCUAUAUAAUCAAUCCCACACUUUUCGAAGUUGUUUAUAGACUUUCUUAUGCCUGCAAAGCCUUAUGAUGGUGAAGUAUAGUUUAUAUAUGCUAUUGCAUGUUGUUCACUAUUGGAAUGGCGACGCUUCAAACUAAAUUAACGUCUUCUUCAUAGAUCGAAGUUAUCAACAAAAUAUUUUCAUAUCUGACGUUUACUGAUUUUGGAAAUCUUUCCCGAUCUUGCAGGCAAGUAAUAUUCUCAGGGGCGCACAUUCGCAAAAAAUUUGGGGGGGCGUUCUAUGUGCUGGGACCGACUUUUGUAGUAUUUGUGUUUGGUAAGAAAAGCCAACUAUUUAAAGCGCAUAGACGGUAAGACGGGGAUAGUAUUCCAAAAGUUUAAAUAAACGUUCAGUUUUUCAGAACUUUUGCAGUGGUCUAAACUUUCGGAUGGGGGGCGGGGGCAAAAUUUUUAUGGAUUUCGAAUGCGAGCGCCGUAGGCGCGAGGAAAAUUUUGAAUUUCUAGAUUCAUUAGAACGCUAUUUCACGUAUUUUAGGAUGAGGUUUGAAGAAAAGUUAUACAACCACAAAAAGGCAUUUCUAAGUCGCCUAAUGUUGUUAGAUCGAAAAAAUGUUUAUGUAAAUAGUAUUGUACACGCAAAUACAACAGCAAAAUGGCAUGAUGCCUUCGUUUUUGUAGAAGUCGGUCAUGAGUGUUGCUCUGAGCGCAAAUUCAAGUUCAAAUGUGCUUUAAAGCAACCAGCAUUUUUUACUGGAGUUAGGAUUCUAUAGGUAGGGAAGACUUCAACUUUAUUGGCAAACAGAGGAGAUGGGUAUCAUUAUUCACACAUCGUACCCCCACCCCAAUUUCUGUCCGGAUUUCAGCUUUCCACAAGGGCAGUCCUUCUGACCAUUGCAGAGCCCCCCGAGCCCCCAUCUUGGCUACGCCGCUGAUUUACUUCUGCCUUCCAAAGUUUCAGCUUUUGCGACAAAACUAACAAUGCGCAUUUUAACUGCACCGCGGGGGCUUGAGGUAAUCGGAUCGCAUUACGUUGGCUGAACUGUUGCAACACAGAAGUUGAUUAUUUGCUCUCUUGGUUUGUGUCAGUGAACUCUAAUUUGUGUAUAUUCGUUUUUCUUUGUCUAAUUCGUUUUUCUUAUGUUUAUGCAACUUCCAUUUCCAGAAUGUCCACCUAUUACUUUUUUCGACACAAAAUGAUAUCUUUCAGAUUUUAGCCGGACCGACUUUUUCGUCCCCAUUCAGGUUUUGGGACCGACUUUUUAGAUAUAUUUCACAAAACAUGGGGGGGUGUCACACCCCCCCACACACCCCCCUAAUGUGCGCCCCUGAAUAUUCUUUGAGAAUCCUAUGAGACUUUUGUUUUUCGGGGAUUUUUAAGUUUAUAUAUGAUGUUAAACUAUUUUUGUAAAGAUCUUUCCAAGAUUAUUGCUAUGAUCCAUUGUGGUUCAAGGAAUUUGACCUGCAACCCUACUGGCAGAAGGUAUGUAGUAGUGCAAACGCCAGUCAUAAAUUUGCGACUGCCGCACAGCCUCCUCCUGUUGUGACGUGCGAGCCUGCAAAAAUUCUCCAAAUUUGUAAUUGCUGCGGAGCAAGCGAGCCUGAAGCGAGCGAGCGUAGCAGCAACCUAAUAUAUGCAGAGAGGGGGUUUUGAACUAAAUUUUAUUAAGCGCACGGAAUUGUGGUCGUGCGCGCUUUCUAUGCGCAGAACACACAUUUUAAACUCGCUCGAGUUUUCGAAUUUUUAUCGAAUUUUUAAAGCUUUUUCAAGUCUAAUGUUACGCAACUUACGCUUACAUUUGUUUUGGACUUUGGCCACUAUCAGUUCUAUAUUUUAAUCAAGUUUUGGUUUCUUAGUGUGAUCAAUCUGUGUAUAUAGUCUAUAUAAUGUGGUAGAUGCGCCUAGCAUUAAACAGACUUGAUAUGAAAUCUGAUCCUUAAUUUCCUGUAUGUCAAUGAGACGUACAUGUUUAAUAUAUGUCACCUCUGAUUGCCCUUUAACCCCUGGUCUUUUGCUUGCAUGACUCUUGACACUUGCUAUUUCAAUGUAUAUUGCUUCUUCUCAGUUCCAUUCACAGCUCACUAGACGCUGCGAGUAAUCACUGUGCUUGAUAUAAUUUGUGCUUUUUACUGUAGUUCUAUUUGCUUCUAAUGCCCGCAGCAAUCCCUACCUUGCAGGUACCCUAGUCUAUGACAUUUUAAAGACAUUAGACAGCUGAUUUAGAAAAGACGACGAGGCAAAUACGACGACGCAGUCUCAGUUUCAGUUCAAUAUUGAGAGCUAAGGAACUUGAUUACUGUAAUAAAUUGAAGCUUUAUAAAAUAAUCUUACAAACGGCUAAGUUCGGGAAAAACGAUCCGGUGUCGGCUAUGAGACAGAUUUUAUAGAAAUGAAGUGGAUGAGAAUUUUAUAUACUGACACACUCUCAAAUUGUACAAGCAUUCAGCAAGAGGUGCUUCAGUUAUAACGGUGCCUUGCAUUGGAAUAUUCUUCCCCAUGAGGCAAAAAUUGCUCAAUCCUUAAGCUCUUUGAAAUCAAUAUUAAAACAAAGAAUGAGUUGAAACGUGCCUGUGUAUGAUUAAAAAUCAUUGUAUUUUCUUAUCAUAUUUUGUAUUCCUUGUAAAUAGUUAAUUUUAUAUUUCACGCCCCUCAUGUAAAUCAGCCUCCCAACGGCUGUUGACGCUAGCGUGAUUAAAUAAAGUUUGUAUGUAUGUAUGUAUGUUUAUUCACUUUGCUCCAAUGUCGUGAAAAUCGUUUAGUUCAACGUUGUAUUGAGAAUGAGAACGGUGUUGAGGAUACCCCUGGGACCGCAAAUUAUUCAAACUUUUUGUUUUCUAUGAAGAAUUUCUUUGUUUCAGUUCGCGUCACGUUUUCUAAAUCAGUUUAUUAAAACCACUAGAACAUGAAAUAAUUUCUGUGUCACAGGUAGAGAUAUACUCUACAGCAUUAAUUGAACAUAAUUAAUCUUGGAAUAUUUUACCCCUCUCCGUUUAUUAGCCUUGCAUUAUUCUCAAAGAAUGUAAAUCUAUAUUUUCUUUUGAUCUAGGUCGAUAAAUUUAAUCUUCAAUGCUUAAGUGAAAGAUGUCGAUCAACAGAAAAACUUAGAUUAUCGUGGUGUGGUUCUAGUGAUACGCUGUCUUCACUCGAUUUUUCAAGGUAUAUUUUGCUUCCUAGGCACGCCCUCUAUAUGCAUAAGCUCAGCUUGGCACAUACUAUAUAGUUGGCGUCUUCCCCAAGAUAAUUUUAAUUCCUUAUCAUGGGUGUAUGUUGGAGGCACGGGGAUGUCAAAAGAGAAUUCCAGUUUGACUCUACCAAAUAUUACUGCUCCCUCAUGUGGUAAGGACACACUGGAUCAAUAAGUGACGGCACUUGUACCGGAACUCAGAGAAGCUAGAACAGUGAAUUUAUAGAACUGCCCGAUAUAGAGAUAUUCAGUGUAGAUAUAAAGUUAUCUAUAAUUUAAUUUUAAUUGGAUGCAAAACACGACUAUAUUUUACCAUUUUAGUUUUCUUCAAACGAUCAGUGGAAAGUUAAGAUGCUUGUACCUGUCAUGCUGUAGAUUUGUUGAUCAAAAUGCUUUGAUAUUGAUUACGAAAGUCUGCCCUCAACUCGAAGGUAUAGUCGCUGGAAAUGUUUGUAUUUAUGUGACAGAGUUUACAUACAUACAUCCUUAAUUCCUAUAAUGAUUGUCAAAAUUUUUGUUUUUAGAGUUAGAUUUAUCGUCUUGUAUUGACAUCCCAAGUGAAACAUUUGACGAACUUGCAAAACUAACGAAUUUAAAAAGAUUAAAUCUCUACCGAACACAGAUAACCGAAAAUAAUUUUGAGAAAAUUGCCAGGUAAUUUCAACAAAAAUUGCAAUCUUUGUGUUAUGAAGCGGUAUAGUGUUUCUCAAAGAAUGCUUAGCACCCAAAUAUUUAUUUUUUUAAAAAAUCAUUGUUUCUGAUCGGUUAUUGGCAACUGUGAAAUAGUCAUAUCAAUUCAAUGACUGACCAAAUAUGGAGUUGUGACAUCAUGCAAUAUGAAAAAAAUAUUGCACGCUAUGACGUUUUGCGCGAGCCGACAAACUUGUUUUUCAGAUUUUAGCCAGUUGUAUACACAAACCAGACAUUGUUUAAAUUUGCUCACUUGAGCCUAAAUAUUAACCGUGCAACCUGAUUUCUCAAGCUUUUAAACUUUAACUGGCGAAUAGCGUGUUAUACGGUGAACUUUGAAGUGCCAAACUACGGGUCGCCACCAAUCCAUGCGAUACAACUAAAGAAUAUAUUCCCUAAAGAACGAGUCUUGUUUAGGAAACCUAUGACAAAACACUACUUUUAAGUUAUGCCAGAGCAGUCUGAGCAGCAGGGGCGUAGGAAGCAGUCAAAAGAUUGGGGGGGGGGGGGCACCGGCUUCUAGGGGCACUUUGGGUAUUGAAAAGGGCACCUAAAAAAUUUUUCCCGGAAAUGCUGGCGACGGGGGGGAGAAGAAAAAUUUUCCCGUCGUACCAUAUCGAAAUUGCGCGUUCUUGACCACAUUUUUUUAAAAAACUUGGAAAUUUCCAAAGAAAAAGGGCACCUUUGAUAUUAAUUUAGUAUUUACAGCGACAUUGGCUUGUAUACAAAAAGGGCACUUUUCAUCGUAAAAAAGGGCACUUUUAGUCCUUUGAAAAAAUGGGGGGGGGGGAGGGCGGGGCACGUGCUUGCUGAGCAGCAACUAUUGCCUCAGAGUUACUGCUGAAGGAGCCAAUCAGAACGCUUGAAAGCCAUUUUUCAAUAUUGCAUUUAUACUAAUAUGUGAUGGUAAUUUUAACAUUUACUUUGUUUAAUCAUUCCCUAGCUUUUAUACUUUGUUGUGUACUUAAAGGUCUUGUACAGAAUUAAUGCAUAUUAAUCUGGGAGGAUGUUUUCAAUGCACAAAUUUCGAUGAAGCAAUGAAAUACUUGGAAUAUUGUCCGUAAGUUGUCUCAUUCUUUGUUAAAUUAUUUGCUGGCUAUUUACACCUGAAAUGCUAUUUACCUUCCUCAAAAUAAUGUGAGUUUUGGCCUUCUCAAAUUGCUAAAUAUAGAAAUUAUGAUUUAUGUCAUUCAGAAUCGGUUUCUUAUUCCUAUUUCCUGCUGACUAUAUAGUAUUUAGCACUGAUCCGCUGAUAGUGUUGAGUAGAGUGUUCCACAUUAAACCUUCCUCACUGACCUCACAUAUGGUAAACAUUCCUUACUGACCUCACAUAUGGUAAACCUUCCUUACUGACCUCGCAUAUGGUAAACCUUCCUCACAGACCUCACAUAUGGUAAACCUUCCUUACUGAUCUCACAUAUGAUAAACCUUCCUCGCUGAUCUCACAUAUGGUAAACCUUCCUCGCUGACCUCACAUAUGGUAAACCUUCCUCACAGACCUCACAUAUGGUAAACCUUCCUCACUGACCUCACAUAUGGUAAACCUACCUCACGGGUGGUACCCGCAUACCCGCAGCUCUUUUUUGCAACUCUGGAACAAGUGCGAGUUAAUUUUUCUGGAGUUGAAUUUUGAGUUUGUUUCCUGUGUUAAAAACAGCCUACCUUUUAAAUUAACAGAAAGGAAGGAGGUCUGCAGUACUUUGAGUUGUAUACGUGCUAGAAAAGAAAUUUAAUAUUUCAACCUGGUAUACUGAUUUUCAUUCUUAGUGACAGUGUUGUUCAUAUUUGUCUUUUACACAGAAAUCUUGUAUCGCUAGACUUAUGGAGAGCAAAGUCUCUAACUCCAAAUGGAAUCGACAGUAUUUAUAAAAACUGUCCCAACCUCGAAGAAAUAGAUCUUGGCUGGUGGUAAGAGAAUGAUAAUUUUUACAUGAGGCAAUUUAGACAGUGAAUACAUAACAUCAUCUUAACAAUACAGUACAUAGACACACGAGCGCCAAAUAAAUAAUGUUAGUGACUUGUAUAGCAUUCCUUUUAUGGGCAUUGCAUAUUCAAUAGAGUGAGAUGCCAACAAGAUCUUGAUAUUUGUCCAUAACUUAACAUGGCAGUACCCUGGUAUAUAUGCAUGAACUUGUCGGUGGAGCUCGGAAACUGGACCCUGUGGCUUGGUUGGAGCGCUGCAUCGGAAUCGCAGAACCAGGGACGGCGGAACGAUAUGACGGCAAGGGGGGGGGCAGAAUUUCGUGAAAGGGCACUUUUGAAUUGACAUAUACUAAGAGAUGUUUACAAAACAUCGGGGGUUGAACUUCGCCUAAUCAUAUUUUCUAUUUAUUGGAUGAUAGGGGUGUGAGGGGGUCUCCGCCAGGCGAUUGUGCUAUUCUUGAAGCUCCAACAAUUACUUUAUGGUUUUCUUGUUUGGAUGGCCUGAUCCAAACACUUGGGAAUAAGUUAAGUUAAGAAAAGCGCAAGAGUUAAGAAAAGCGCGCAAAAUCACUCGCCUUCGGCUCGUGUUUCGCGCGCUUCUCUUAACUCUCGCAACAUUCCCGCGUGUUUGGAUCAAGCCAUCCAAACACGGAAACCAAUAAAGUAAUUGUAUAAUCGUAUGAUCAAAAUCAAUGCGAAGCGUAAUGCACAUAAAAGAGCCAUAGGCAAAACGUUUAUUCUGUGUCCUUGGUUAAGGGGCCUAUACUGCCACGGUAAUUGCUAGAUAGUAUACUUCAAAAUAAGGUUUCCGUUUUGAUAACGUAGAAAAAACUAUCCUAACGCAAAACUAAACCCUAACACUAACCCCAACCCUAACCCCCAACCUAACCCCUAACCUAACCCUAACUUAUUUUAAAAAUUGAUAUAUUCAAAAUAUUGAAGUAUACUAUCUAGCAAUUACCAUACUGCCACCAGCAUGGUGCGGUACUUUCCGCAUGUUCGUGAUCACGUUCGUGAUCACAUGUUCGCGAUAUUUAUGUUCGGCGUAUAUCAAGACCUGAAACCUGAAAGAAUCGCCGGUAUAAAAAGUAUAUGCAUGUAUCAAACAGCCUGUAAAUACAUCUAAAUAAUAUUUAUUCUAUGCCAUACAUAUGAAUAGGGAAGAUUUCAAGUUCACCUGUGUGCACUGUUGCCAUGAAUACGUACAUUGUUAGCCUUUAUUGUAGUCUUUUUAAUGUCCAUGCUAAUAAAUUUUUUACUUCCCUUAUAGUAAUAAUGUUACAAUACAUGGUUGGUUGCGUCUCCUGGUUACUCACUGUCAGAAGAUUAAAAAGAUUUUCUUGACCGCUCUAAGGUAAUGCCAAAAUUUAUACAGUAAAGCUCUAAUAUUUUCUGAAAGUGGGCAUAAUACUUUAUUGUAACGAUAUAUUGAUUGGUAAAUUGAAGCUAAUUAUUUCCAUGUUUGCUGACUCAUGUUUCAAUAUUGCUAUACUCCAUGUAAGUCAUUAGUCUCCCUCACAGCCGUUCUUUGUGUCUAGGUUUCUCCUCACGAACGGCUGCUCACUCGAGCACAACAUUCCAUUCCCUUUGUCUUACGUUAGCCAAUCAGAUUUAGCGACAUAAAUAUCUAAAUAAAUUUAGCGACAUAAAUAUCUUAAUAAGUCCAAGGUCAUGUUUCCGAAAUUUAGAAACAUUACUGUGAUUGGUUGUUUUCAGGAAAGGAAUGUUGUGCUCGAGUGAGCAGCCGCUCGUGAGGAGAAACCUCGACACAAAGAGCGGCUGGGAGGGAGACUAGUAAGUCAUCUGUGUUUUUUUUUUAUAGAACUGUAUCUGACGAUGAUCUCAUUGCCAUUUUUGAAAACUGUACUUUCUUAGAACAACUCGACAUUCUUGGAAACUCGAAUAUUUCAAAGAAAUCUGCAGACACGUAAGCUUUAUAUGUUAUAUUUUACAAAAGGUAUUUUAGGAUUAGGUAAUCAUGCAACCGCCAAUUAAACACUACAUAGUUGUACCAUAUUUCAAUUGGAUCCUAUAUUGGAGAAGGUGUGAUUUUCCGUAUUCUAUGCAGCUAAUUCAGCACAAGAUUGCCCUAUCCACAGUGCCCUAUCCAAAGCAAA